GUCAGGCAGAGGAACUUAUUAACGGGUUCGGGUGUGGCGUGAGCUGAAUGCUGUGAGAACUGUAGUAAAACGAAAAAAAUAUAUAGGGAACGACACUUUGUAGCCGAAAAGCUGUGAUCGCAUCAGACGUUCAGAGACCACGUUGAAGAAAGAGGAAACAAACAAUUGAUUUGUGUUUUUAAGCAGUUAUACAAUCGCGGUUUUGACGAUUUUGUGUGCUUUGGCACCUAAGAUCUGAUGCUCGUUAAUUAAAUCAUAUCAUUUAGUGCUGUGCUACAGCUGGAGCACUCACUUUUGUCGAGCUGUUUAUUUCUUCCUUACCUUUUCGUCAGCACAGGAGUCUGGAAAACCCCGGCUUUAUAACUUUAUUGGAUUCAUACAUUUUUUGGAGACAAACUUUCACUCUAGUUUGUCGAAUUCAAGAGACCAGCAUAGUGGUGUCAUUUCCUUUAAUCUUUGACGUCAAAUUUUUUUGCAUUUAUUUUGUAGCUUUGACAUAAGAGGGAUCAAGUGGAUUUCUAAUAGGCUACCGCUCAGUUCAUGGGAGUAUUAACCAAUUUGUUUGCUACAUAACUUGGCUACAAAGUGGAAAACUCAACACGGUCAGUGGACGUUGGACAUUGGGAACGGGAAACAUUUAUGCCAGCACGAUUUUAUGUGCGUGCCAGUGGAUGAAGCUGCAAUUUAACUAGCGAUAUAUUUUUUCUCAAAAAAACGUUUUUUUCAAGGGGAAGUUGCAGUAGGCUGUAGUAGUUCUGAGUCGCAAGUGACUUGAGGAAACAGCCUCUCGAUUUGAUAUUUUCAUUAUUUAAAGAAGAACCCCAUAAAAAACCAGCCCUGAAGCGUGCACUUGGAACCAUGGGGUGUACAGUAAGUCAGGAAGACAAAGCGGCCGCCGAAAGAUCCAAGAUGAUUGAUAAAAAUCUUCGAGAGGAUGGAGAGAAGGCUGCGAGGGAGGUGAAACUGCUGUUGUUAGGUGCUGGCGAGUCGGGGAAGAGCACCAUUGUGAAGCAGAUGAAAAUCAUCCAUGAAGAUGGCUACUCAGAAGAGGAGUGUAAACAGUACAGGGCUGUUGUGUACAGCAAUACCAUCCAGUCGAUCAUGGCUAUCAUCAAAGCCAUGUCCAACCUGAAUAUCGAAUAUGAGGAGCCCGCCAGAUCGGACGACGCCCGCCAGCUCUUUUCCCUGUCUGCCGCCGCUGAGGAGCAGGGCAUGCUGCCCGACGACCUGGCCAAAGUCAUCCACCGGCUGUGGGCUGACAGCGGGGUGCAGGGCUGCUUCACGCGUGCCAGAGAGUACCAGCUCAAUGACUCUGCGGCUUAUUACCUGAACGACUUGGACAGGAUAUCUAAAGCAGACUACAUCCCCACCCAGCAGGAUGUGCUGCGUACUCGGGUCAAGACCACUGGCAUUGUGGAGACUCACUUCACCUUCAAGGAUCUGCACUUCAAAAUGUUUGACGUGGGCGGCCAGCGCUCGGAGAGGAAGAAGUGGAUCCACUGCUUCGAGGGCGUGACCGCCAUCAUCUUCUGCGUGGCCUUGAGUGCCUAUGACCUGGUCCUGGCUGAGGACGAAGAGAUGAAUCGCAUGCAUGAGAGCAUGAAACUCUUUGACAGCAUCUGCAAUAACAAGUGGUUCACUGAAACCUCCAUUAUCCUCUUCCUCAACAAGAAGGACCUGUUUGAGGAGAAGAUCACCCGCAGCCCUCUGUCCAUCUGCUUCCCAGAGUACUCAGGGGCCAAUAAGUACGAUGAGGCAGCGGGAUACAUCCAGACCAAGUUUGAAGACCUGAACAAGAAGAAGGACACAAAGGAGAUCUAUACCCAUUUCACCUGUGCAACCGACACCAAGAACGUGCAGUUUGUCUUCGACGCCGUCACUGAUGUCAUCAUCAAGAAUAACCUGAAGGACUGUGGCCUGUUCUAGAGCAGGUUGCUAACACAAGGAUUACUUGAACAGUUUUGAGGUUUGAUGACGGAAGGAGAGCAGACAGGUGGUGCCUGACUGCACUGGCCAACAAUGAUUCCUGCUUUUAUCUGCGUUUAUAAAGGAAGCAAAGACACUGAGAAGGCGGGAAAGCCCUGCAGAAUUUCAACAAUCGAUUGCUGAUUUCCAGACUGCCAUGUCUUCUCCCUCUCUCGAUUAGUGUAUUUCCAUUGCGUGUUUCAUAUUUAAUUUUUAAGGGGGAGGGGGGGGGGGGUCGUAUUUUCAUCUUUUUUUUUUGUUAUUUCUUUGGACGAUGACCGCAAAUCAACAAUUUAUUUUAUUUUAUUCUUUUUUUUUUCUUGUUUUAAUUCCUUAUUUUUUGAUUAUUAGCAGAGGCAAAAAAACAAAAAACAAAAAAAAAAACCUUUUUUAUACAAAUGCAUUCGUUUUACUUUUCAAAUCUGAUGUGCAAAUUUUAUGUAACUUUUAAUUGCGUAAAGCUUAUUUUUUAAAUAAUAAAAAAACAAGCUUUAGCACGGUUAGUGAAAAGCAGUUGAAAGGAAAGUGCUUUUUUUAUAACGUUUACAUGAAUUUCCUCAUUCUUAGCAAAACUGCAUGUUGUCCUGCAUGACUGAUGAUAGGUAAAUAUAUUAGCUCUCUACUCUGCACAGGACAGCAUAACAUUCCUUUCAAAAAUUAAAAAUAAAAAACAGGAAAAAAAAGUUUUAAAGAAGCUUCACACCAGGGAAAGAAAGAGCAGAUUUGAACUGAUAUUUAAAUAUGUACGUUUCUAACAUUCUUUGCUUUUUUAUCGUUUCAUUCCAUGUCUUUUGCAGUAAGGUUUGUGCCUUGACUUCUGUUUACAUCUUGACUCUUAGAUUUGCUUUAUCAGUAGCAUUUACUUAGCUCUAAUUUCUUUCAUUUUCUUCACAUGAAUGAUAAAAAGUUUAAAUAGUGAUUAAAGAGAGACAAAUUUAACAGAGAAAAAGGGUAGUCUUUUCGUAAAGAUUAAAAUGCUUUAAAGGUCAUAUAACGAUUUAAUUUAAAUAAAAAUUAAGUCACUAGAAA